CACAGAACGACAACCACAAGAAGCCCUGGCCCUUCCUUUUCCUGCUAAACUUUAAUCGCUCGCUUUAGAGUCAAGUCAUGACUGAUUUUCUGUCAACAAAGGCCACCGACAAACUAAACUCACAGCUCAACAGACUGUGCGUAUGGCUUUCGAGUGACCCUGAGUACAUCCUGGAGCACUGCGGGGAUAUCCUAUCCGUGAAUGAAUAUAAAAAGGUAAUAAAGCAAAGCAGUGGUUCAGAGCAGAUGAGAGAACUCUUGGAAAUAAUCAUUCAAAAAGGAGAAGAUACCUGUCAGAACUUUAUUGACACUCUGAGGAAGCGCCAAGGACACUUCCCACAACUGAAGCAGUUUUUCGUCACUGAAGCUGAAGUUCCAGGUUCAUCCACUCCAAGCAUGUUUGCUGAUGGUAGCAGUGUUGUGUCCUGCAGAGAAAUUACAAACACAACUGCAAAAAACAUUUCAAUUAACAUUCAAACAGUAAGCCAGCCGGCAGACAGCAGUUUGUCUGGAAAUAUUAAACCCCAAGCAGAUCUCACUGCAAGUGGUGGCGGUGUUAUAUGUGCUGAUAAAAUAUCAGGUGUCCAUGUUGAUGGGGGUAUAAAUUUCUCAGUGAGUGUGAAUGCACCACAAGAAAACACAGGUAUGGUAGAGGACACACAGCCACCUCCUGAGGGUCCUGCUGUGAGAAAGAUCAAGGAGCACAAGGUGGAACUCAUUAACUGCCUGAUGGGGGAUGUCUUUAUCCUGCAGUGUGUGCAUGCCAAAGGAAUCCUCUCUCCCAGACAAUAUGGAAAUCUGAAGCACUCCUCUAACCCAGAACAAACUGUUACCAACCUGAUAGAUCUUCUGAUGAGUAAAGGUGAAGAGACCUGCAAUCAGUUUCUCCAGAUUCUUAAAGAUCCUGAAGUUGAUGCAACGUAUCCACAACUGAAAAACAUUAUAAAGUAACUGAGAUCAGAUCAUAUGUAAUUUUUUUUUAGCUAGGAUGAAAUUAAAUAAUGGUAAAGGGAAUUUAAUUUUUUGAGCAGUGUAUAUACACACUUGCACAUUCCCACAAUUUUGAUGUAACUGAUAUACCCUUCUGCUUUUCAAAACAGGGCACUGAAGUAAAGACUAUCCUCAGAGUUUCAUACUAAAUCUUAAGGAAUUAAAAAUGAAGCAUGUGAAAUUAUUUUGUCUUGGUAGUUUGUAGAUGAUACACUGAGAUUGGUUGUAUACAUGUUAUAGCUAUGUAUGGGCACCAGGUGACAGCAUGAAAUAUGUUUAUAUUGUUAGUAGAGUUUUAACUACUACUGAAGAGAACACAGAUGUUACAGCACACAUGAAGUUUCACAAAAGUUGAGUGUUUAAUGGAAUAAAAUGAAACUACUUCUCACACUGCUUUUUAAACAUUUUUCUUUCAGUAAUAAUAAAACGAUGUUGCUGUAGUUUCAGUACAUGGCAUUUCAAACCAUUUAAAAGUAUCCUACUAAUAUCCAGGUUUUCCAUUAAUAAUUGCUGAGCUCUAAUUUAAUAGCAGAAUACAUGUUGGUUAUUCUGACUGUACUUUCCAUCCCCAUUGAAACAGUAAUCCAUCACUACAAGUUUUCCCCUCUUGUGUAAUGUUGUAUUCUGCUAUAGUGGAGACUCUUCAUAAUCUACCCCAGGGCCUCCUCCCAGUAAGACAUGCACGGCGAGAACACUUUACCCAGGAAGCUCAACUGGUUCCUUUCGAUGUUGAAGUCAUUUUAAGCAAUCUUAAGGGGUUUAAUAUGAGUGUCCAGGGUCUCCAGCCUGUCAAUAAGGGCAGAAAUUUAUUAGACAAGAUCAAAUUAAUCUGAUUAAUUAAUUAAAGUGAAUGGAAGAUUGUGUCACUUCAAAAUAAUUCUUCUGAUGAGUUAAAAUUGUUUUACAAUGAAUUAUAUAUAAGUAAACUAAUGUUUUAAAAUGCAUAUUAUAGCAAAAACUGUUCUGUACAAUGCAGUCAAAUAUCAAAUAUGCUUAUAUGGUGAAAGCUGUUUUUAAAAUUCCAGGAUAAAGACUUUUUCCAUUGAGUUUCUGGGUCACUUGCACUGUACUGUCAAAAACACUUAUUUACAUUGUUUGUAACUGAGACGUAUUUUAUGUUUUUAUGAUACAAACCAUUGUUCUAUAUUUAAAUCAUACACCAGGUACAACAUUACGACCACCUGCCUAAUACUGUGUUGGUCCCUAUUUUGCUGCCAAAACACAACUGACACAAUUCGUGAAGCUGAACUUAAUAAAUUGUGUAAAUAAUCAGUAUUUAUUCAGAUUUGGAAGUACACAUUUGUUGAAGUGCGUGCUUGUGAGUCCUCAAAAGUUACACACAAAUUACUGCACACAUUUAUAAGUCUUAGUUCAUGCUUGCAGAUUCGUCUGUACCCAUUUGUAACCCUUCUGAGGCAACUUUCUCUCCAUACUCCAUUACAACUUGGGCCUUGUUACACUCACAUAAAUCCUUACACUUGCACAUUUGUCACCAUGACAGGUGCUUCCAGGUUACUUUUGUUUCUUUUGUAGGUUUAACUGUACACCAGAGAACACUUGCAAGGAGAAGUUUCCAUUUUUGCAUCUCUCCUGUGUUUUUGUGCCAUCAUGAAGUUUAGUUGCUGCUGUGUAAAUUCUCCUUUUGCUUGGUUUACAUUUUUCUGAUAUUUAUUACUACUCAAAGUGUUUUUCUUAACCUCUUUCCUCACUGAUGUCCAAUCACGCCUUUUUGGAUUUUAAACUCACUAAAAGAUCUCCUCAGAGCAGCAUUUCCCGAUGCUGCAGUGUGAAGGCGUUGCCUACAAAGAGCAUCAGGUAGAAUAUGGCUUUUCCAGCUUGGUAGAAUUAUAGCCUGUAAUCAUGUGUGAAAUAUGAAAAAUAAAAUGUAGAUGUAAAUGCACUUCUAAAUAAAAGGUCUAUGGAUGUUUUUUGUUUACAGUUUUGGAGGUUUUAGAAUAUAAUACUGUUAAGUUUUCAGAUCCUAUCCUUCACAAAAUGUAGUUCAACAAGAGAUGUUCUGUUUCUUUGGAUGCAAUCUUACCAAAUACCAAAGAUACAGACAAUUAAUAAUAUUUUUGGAUAAAGACUGGAUAAAAAGCACAAGUAGGAGUAUUGGUUGGUUGAAACCAACCAAAGUUUCCAUUAUUUGAUUCUGGAAAAUUGCACUGAAAGAAAAUUUGUUUGUUCAGGGUUUUAAGUGAGACUUACGAAGUUAGUAAGUAUAUGUCACACACAAAGGACAUGCAGAGGGUUGGUGUGACAGAGAAGAAUAGUAGGGAUGGGGUGAGACUGUGGAUGGUGAUCUACUGUGGUGUCCACUAAGGGAGCGACUGAAAGAGGAAUAAGUGUAAUGUUUAUUCACUCUGACUGAAUUUUAGACAUUGUUUGAAAUGAAUUCCCAUAACUGACGGAGCAAAUUAAGCCCUGUGAAAGGUGACUUCAGUCAGUGUGUGUGUCUGUGACUGAAUGAUAUUAAUCACAGUUGUAGUAAAUGUUUUUUUUUUGUUUUAUUUCGUUUAUUACCUGGAAGUAGUACUUCAUGUUACAGAUUUUAACUGAAUUAUGCUGCUGAACAGUAAGACUUAGCCAGACAGAGGAAAAUAAUUAAUGUCCUUUGUUCAGUGACUUUUUAUAAUUUAAUAUGAAGCUGAGAGGAAAAUACCAUCCAGACGAAUUGUAGAAUUCAAAAUGUGUGUUGACGACCUCUUUGCUGAAAGUUUUUAUAUAUUGAUUUCUCAUGGAUGAAUUUAUCCCACCACAACCAGACUUGGAGGAAACUGAAGAUUUAAAACUCCGCAGUUUCAGUUUUCUUCAGGUUAUUGAUCAGGGACUGUGUUACACCUGCAUGAUGAUGCUACAGGUGCCUACAAAGAGCAGCUGGUUGGUCAAAUUAAGCUUGGAAAUGUUUAGAAAUUUAGAUUGCAAAUAAAUUUCUAAACUAUUUGGAAUUUUAAGUGUAGCAAAACAUACUGAUGCACAUUUCAAGUGUUCAAAGCAGCCUAUGCUAUGAUGUAGAGCCACUAGAGGUCACAAUUACACAGUUUUUGAGUUUGAGUUUACUUGCAUAUAGGCAGGUUGGUUAAGUCUGCUUGGAUCACACAGCAUUGCAUGCUUUGUUCUACAUAGCACACACUGAGACAAUGUUCCACAUUUUUACUGGUUUAAGUUUAAAACUUGUGAGUUUCACAAGAAGCGUGUGAUUCAAAUAGGCUUAUGGAAACAUCCUUACUGAAACCCAGAGGUGUUUAGCAGAGAUCAUCUGCUAAAUAAGAGUUGUUUUAACAAUCAAUGCAGCAG